UUGGUAUUUUAUACUUUUAUUUACCCCAAAUUUCGUAAUCAGUUUUCAUAGACAGUGAAGGAUAAAUAUUGCCAAUAGCUUCUUUGCAGUGACUUUCAGUAUCAAAGAUCAACACUGAGUGCUUAAACGAAUCAAGGAAAGGAUACUUGUGACUUUUUGUGUAAAAAUCGAGAAUCAUGAAUGCAUGGUGGAUAAGCAAUGGAACAAACAAUUUCAGCCAUUCGAACACUACCGAGGAAACUAUAUCAGAAAGCAUCAUACCUCCCACCCUUCAGUACUUAUUCGGAGUUCUAGGGAACAUAAUGGCCAUUUUUCUCCUGUGUAAGACUUCAAGUAAGCACAAAUGGAAGCCAUUCUACAGACUUGUCUGUUGUCUUGCUAUUACUGACUUUUGUGAAAUAGGAUUUGUUUACCCUGCCGUUAUGAUCCGAUACAUUUCCAAGUUUACCUUUAUAUUUCCCAAGCAGUUGUGUGAGUACUGUUCAUUUUGGUUCUCCUUCUGCUUCAUGUCGUCAGCCCUGAUCGUGACUGCCAUGUCUCUUGACCGUUUUAUAGCAGUAAGGUUUCCUAUCUCCUAUCAAGCCUCCCAGAGAAAGAGAAUAAAUAUAUUGCUGGCUGUCAUUUGGGUCCUGUCGGGUACUGUAUCGUCUCUAAAUCUCAUGGGUGUUGGAUCCGUCAAAAACUUCUACCCAGGAUCCUGGUGCUUUAUAGACUUUGCCAACAAUGGUCAGAUGGAAAGAGUGAACACUUUUGUAUAUUCUAUUAUUGGGUUUGCUAUUUUAUCAUCAACAGUUGUUUUAAACGUGGCAGUGGUCUGUUCCAUAUGCAGAAAACCCAGAUUUACGACAUCUAAUAGAAGUAAAAAGAAGAAAGGCGAUGUUUUUAUCGUGGUGUUUUUGUUUGCAAUUGUGACAUUAUUUUCGAUAUGCUGGGUACCUUUAAUGGUUCGUAUGCUGAUCAACGCUAGCACUGGUAACUCGAAGAAUGGUCCUGAUGAACUGCUGGCAGUUAGAAUGACCGUCAGUAACGCCAUUGUUGAUCCUUGGGUCUACAUCAUUCUGCGAAAGGAAAAUUUAGUCAAAAUCUCUAACUGGCACCAAAAAGUUCGUAGUCACUGUAGUAAACCCACGCCAGAAAUAUACAUUAUGAAGGAGAACCUUGUUACUGGGACCAGAAAUAUAGGAAACAAUUUGUCGAAUAAUACAACCACCGUUUCUUUGUAA